AUGGCGCGAAGAACGAAUAAGAAAAAUCAAGUGAAACGUCUCGACGGUCAGAAGACUCAGAAAAAUGUCAAGAAAGGUCUCCGCCAUUCUACUCGGGUUCGUGUGCAAACCGUUCUUCAUCAAGCUCCAGUUUCAAACGUUGAAAAACGAGCAAAACGCAAUACAACAACAAAGAAAGUGAAGAAAAUCGAGAAAACAGUUAUCAAAAAGAUAGGAAAAGGGAUUGAAAAACUUCCGAAAGUGAAAUCUGCACCGAAAAGAGGAAACGACCGACUCGUCCCAAGAGAUGAUCUUCCAGAGUACAAAGAAAAUCCAUUCUUCACGGAAACAAAAACCCCUGAACCUGUUAGUACGUCAACUUACUAUCGUUGGUUGAUUCGAGCAUGUCGCCGUAACAAUAUUACCGAAAUUCGUGAAUACUUUAAAUCGAAUCGUGCACUUCAAACUGGUCCAUACCAAGAAUUUUCCUACAUUUGUGACAUCGAUGCUUUUCGAGAGGCGUGUCAAAUGAAGAAUUCGAAGCAUAUUCAAGAAUUCUUCAAAUUGAUGGGUGAACUCAACGAAACGGCUCAGAAAAAUGUGCCAGAACCGAAUUUGUUGGAUCGAAGAAUUCGCAAUCGCUCGAAUCGCUAUAUGGUUGGAGUGUACACAAGACCAGUAGAAAUGGCACGCGGUGGAAAAGAAGGAAAUAAUGCAUUCUUGAAUUAUGACAAACCAAAAAAUGAAAACGAUGCUCUCCACGAACUCGUUCAAAUGAAUGUACCGUACACUACACUUUUUGCUAUCUCAAAAAUGCCCAAUCAACUGUUCCGAGAGCACGAUCUCGAUAGUAAAUUGGUAGUUGCGGUGCGAAUGGGACAUCGAGAAUUGGCGUCUGCGAUUGCACAAGGUCCUGCUAGAAACAAUCUUAAUGAGCUUCAUAGACUGACAUUGAAAGAGGAAAAACUUCCGGAAAAGAUUCUCGCUGCUUCUGUGCUAAUGAAAGGUUUCACAAAUCGCAACAUUACACCAAUUCAUACAGCGGCUAUAAGUAAAGACUCAAAAAUGCUGGAAAUAUUCAGAAGUGUUUGUCCAAAUUUGAAUAUUCCUGAUUCUGACAAUUGGUACACAAUUCAUUAUGCUGCAGCGUCAUCUGGGAGUGCCCCUUUAAUAUUUUUGCUUAAAAAUGGAGCAACUGUAUCGGUAAUGACAAAGCGCCAACAAUCUCCGUUGCACGUAGCGGCAAAAGCAGGAAGAACUGAAAAUGUCAAAAUAAUUAUCAAGGAAUUGCUAGAACUCGAAAAAGGCGAGGACGGUGAAUCUGCUACGAAGAAGGAAAAAUCGAUGAUCAAUGCUCGAACACGUUCUGGAUUAUCUGCACUUCAUCUGGCAGUUAUUUUCAAUAGAUUAGACACUGUAGAAGCUCUUUGCUCGGAAAAAAGUGUGUUGGUUGAUAACCCGACGUCCACUACUACCAAUAAGUUGACCCCCCUAAUGCUUGCUUGUGGAAGAGGCUUUCUUGAAAUGGCGAAGAAGCUCAUCAGCCACGGUGCGCUUAUUGAGGGAAAAGAUAAAAAGAAGAGAACUCCAUUGAUCCACGCCGCAAUGAAUGGACAAACUCACAUCGCUGCUUUUUUGCUCAGCCGUGGAGCCAAUGUGCAUGCUACAGACUCUUCAGGAAACUCUUCCGCUCAUUAUUCGGCAGCCUACGGUUUCCUAGACUGCCUAAAACUUUUUGCCACAGUCGACCCUAAUACACUUGCCGCUCAAAACGAUUGGAAACUGACACCGUCUUCUGUUUCAUAUCUCAAAGGGCAUUACGGAAUUGUAACCUGGAUGUUUGAAGGGCCGUAUAGCGAUAAAGUUGAUAUUAAUGCAAAGGAUAAUGAUGGAGCUACUCUUCUUUCGUCUCUUCUUAAGUAUCUAAACAACGAUGCGAUGCUUUGUGGGCAAAUUGAAUAUUUGAUAAAAAAAGGAGCUGAUGCGAGUCUUUCGGACAGCGUCGGCAACACUCCACUGCACAUUUUUGCCGCAUUGAAUAUCAUUUUCAAAGGAAAAGGAGGACCUGAGCAUUUAGAAGAUACGAAAAUGACCGAGAAACAAUACAAACAUUGUUUCGAAUUGUUGCUCAGUGCUGGUGGAAGCGUAGAAGCUGUCAAUCAACAAGAUAAAACUCCGAUGCAUAUUGCCCUGGAAAACGGAAAUUUGAAGCUUUUUGAUAUGAUGUUUGAGAAGUGCCAAAAUUAUGAAGAAUUGUUCGAAAAAUGGGAUCCAAACGAAAACAUUUUACAUAAAUUGCUUACACUGCCGUUUGUAAUUUAUGGUGACAAAGAGAAGUGGAUCAAUCAAAAUCUCAGCAAAAGUUCAUACAAUGUUUUGCCGAUUUUGACAAAAUUGAAUACGAAAAUUCCGGAACUCUUGAAGAAAUUUUUCAAUGAGCCUAAUAAAGAAGGAUGCACACCUAUGAUUGCCACUCUCAAGGCUUAUACCAAAUUGUCUCCAUUUACGGAUAGUGGAAGAAACAACCAAAAUUUCGUUUCAUUGAUGUGUCAUAACAAAUACGCUAAUAUGUUCUCAUCGACAUCUGGAACUAACAUCCGGUACCGAUCGGAGUUCGUCACAUGCGUUACCUCGCUCUUCGAAUGGGUCAUCCGUCGAAAUCCUGAAGUUUUGUUAUCAACGUUUAAGACUCCAGAUAGCAAUCAAUUAUUGAGUCUCCCUGUAUUAUCAAUGAAUAUAACAUUGGAAAAAAGCACGGAACAAUCAACGCAAUAUUCGUUAUUCAAGUUGCUGAUGAACUUAUCGAAAGAAAAUAAUUGUUUAAGAGAAUUUUUCAAUGUAAAAAACGAACUCGGCCAUUCGUUGGUAUUAUUGGCUCUUUAUGAUAGUGAACUUGUUGAAAUCAUUCUGGAUGCUGCAAACAAUGCGGGAAUUUUGGAAGUUCAUUCGGCCGUCAAACAGUUUAUUGAAGUUGAAGGACAACAAGUUGAAGUUAAUCAGACAUUGGCAAUGUUGUUCAUCCAAAACCAGCAAACACAUCUUAUUCGAAAAUUGAACGUUUUGCCGGAAUAUUGGUGUCGAUUAGAUUCUGAAGGGUCGAAUAUUUGGCAUUAUGCUGCUCGAAUCAACAAUCAUCAAACGGUUGGCUUGUUCAAAUUUAUUGAAGAACGCAAUGUUCCGCGAGUGAAAAACUUAAAAGGACGGCAUCCACUGCAUGAAGCCACCUUGGCUUGUGAUGGUGGUGCAAAUACGGUUCUUGAUCCAAUUACUUGGCUAGCUGCGAGAACUGAUGUUUCUCUUACGGAUAAUGAUAAUCGAACUGCGCUACAUUAUGCAUUUGGAAGAGAAACUGAUUUCGCCGAAAAUUCGUUCUUUCAUUCUCAGCUUGAUCCGAUUUCAGUAGUUAUGAGCCUUACUGCAUCCAUGGGAACUGAGCAGAUAAAUCUCGCUGAUUGCAAUGGAAACACGGUUCUUCAUCUGGCUGCUAUGAGAAAUGCUGUUAUUUGUAUGACGACAUUUAUCCGAAAAAAUGGAGAUAUCGAAAAGAAAAAUAAUGACGGUAAUACACCUCUGGCUCUUGCGGUUAAAAAUUGUGCACAUUCUGUUGCUCUUACAUUAAUCCAGGCUAAUGCUGACGUAAACGCUGAGAUUUUCGAGCCAAAAUUAAACGAAAAAGAAACGAAAAAAGUAACUGAGUGGUAUUGGAGAGGACUGGAUGUUAAAAAAGAAGCGAAGAAAUUGACAAGUACCGUUCCUUCGCAUGUCGUUUCGUUAGGCGGUAACUGGGAUGCUAUGGUUUAUGUACUUAUCGAUGUUUUGGGGCAGAACACUGAAUCAAUGUUUCAAUUAGCAGACGCCGCUUUGAAAAAACGAAAAUAUAACUUGGCAAAUCAACUGCUCAAAUCUCUUCAGGCAAUUUCUGACGGAAAAACGAUCAAAUCGAAAUAUGAUUUACUCAACACUUUUGCAGAAUAUUGCAAUACAUUCCUGACUUUUGAAUCGAUUGAUUUGACGGUUCUUGAUCGAAUUCUUGAUUUGAGAGGAUUGAACAUGGAUCCAGAUGAGUCGACGAUGAAAAUUAUUCAAACUGCGAUUUCUAAUGGAAACUGGAAAUUUUUGGAGUAUCUUAAGUCAAAACUCGGUCAAGAUGUUUGGUCUCGAAUCUACACCACGAAUAGUCGAACAUGCCCACUUCGGUCCCUUGUGGUCUAUUUAGCUGAGAAUGAAAUCACUGCGGCAGCAUCAAACUUGUUGCACGAUCUAGCAAAACAGCCAAAUAUCAACAUUGAUCAAUUAUAUCAAUUCAAAAUUCCUGAGAGAUUUAAACUUCUCAAUGUCGAUAUUGGGGACCUCCCACCAAUUUCUUGGGCGGCUCUUUGUGGAAAGACAAAACUCGUGAGAUUGCUACGAAAGGCCGGCGCAAGUUUAAAAUCCACGGAUAAUUUGGGAAGAACUUGUUUGAUGUUCGCUUUCAUGAAUAACGACCGAAGUGUUGUAGAUGUAAUUAUUGGUGAUGGAGAAGAAAAAACGGAAAUAUUGCCAAAAUCUAUUACCAACGGAAUUGAGAAAUCAAAAACCCGCUUACCACCAAUAUUUGGGUUUUCGCUUGCCUCUCAACCAGCAGAAACCAGCGACAAUGGAUCGGAUAAUUCGGAUAAUGAUGAUUAUGAUGAAGACGGUGAAAGCAAUCCAAGUGAAAAAGAGGAUGAUGAUGAACCCGCUGUGAAAAAACCGAGAUUAGAAGAUGAGGAUUCUAGAAAUGCAAAACAGAAUCCUUUAAAAAUUAUUGAUCCAUCGUUGUUUCUUCAAAAAGACAAUCAAGGAAGGAAUCCUCUUCAUUAUCUUAUCGAGCCAAUACCGUGGGAGAAUGUCGAAAUGCUUCAAGAAUUGGCUAAAGCCAAUUUGGAAUGCAUCAAAAAACUGCUCAUCGAUAAAACGAAACCGAAUCCAAUCGAGCUUGCUGCGAAAAACGUUCAACGUCGAAUGAAAGAAGCCAUGUAUGCAAUCGUGAAAGACGCGAAAUUACCGAGAGCUGUUGAAGAUUUACAAGUUUCUGCGUUAAAGGCAAACGCUGAAAAAUUCGAUUGUGUUGAUGAAGAUUGCCAGAAGUUUAUGGAAAAAUGGUCAACGGAGCAUGACAAGAAAUUGAGCGAAGUUGUUCGAAAACCUCACAAAAAUUCGACAUAUCAAGAAGGAGGAGAGCUUUUGUUUUGCGAUGAGACGAAUCAAUAUUUCGAUGUUCUUCUGAACAAAACUGAUUUGAACUACGGCCGAUAUGGAUUCCACAACUUCUAUCGCAUGCAGCUCAUUAAACGCCGAGAUUGUGAUUUGUUUAUUUUGUUCACAAAUUGGGGAAGAAUUGGAGAUAGCACUGGAGAAGUUCAAACGACUCCAUUCAACACAUUCGAGCUUGCGAAGAAGGAGUUCAAGUCCGUGUGGAAGUCAAAAACUGGAAACGAAUGGGUGCCGCUUGAUAAAUUUGUUGAGCAGAAAAAGAAAUAUCGCCUUGUUAAAAACGAUAAAAUGCCGGCGAAUAUGUCCGAAAUUGAUAUUCCAGAAGAAACUUAUAAGAAGGAAGAGAUUGAUCCAAUUAAGAAAAUGAUUCGCGAUAUUUCAAGACCAGACAAACUCAAGGAAUAUUCACAACAGUUGACACUGUAUGGAACCAAUAUUAGGCAACCAUUUGGGCGCUUCACCAAAGAAAAUAUUGCUAAAGCACGCGAAAUACUUGAUGAAUGUGAAGAGAAUGCAAAAGAAAUCAAAAAGUUGUUUGAAGCGUUCUCCCCUGAAAAAGAAGAAGAAAUCUUAGCUGCUUAUAUGAAAGCUAAUGAACUUUCAACGAACUAUUACAAUCUAAUUCCAAGUGGCGAAUUCGAAUUCGCUGCUUUAGCUCGUUUAGAUGAUGUUGACAUGAUUGCCAAACAUCGAAUGAAUUUGAACCGAUAUGAGGAAAUUGAAGUAUCGACAAGAAUCUGCUGUGCGGCUGCUUAUAGAUCAGACAUUGAUAGAACUGAAUAUGUUAAAAAGGCACUCGAAACAGAUUUUCGAAUGGAGACCCCAACCAGUGACAUCAGUCAACGAAUUCUCGAAUGGGUUCACAACAGCGGACGUAAAUCGACAAUUGUAAAAGGAAUUGUGGAGAUUCUACCAAGAAAUGCAUCGGAGAAAUUUGCGCCAUUUUCGAAUGAUACGAAUCAAAUGUAUCUCUGUCAUGGAACAAGAUCAGCGAAUCUUAUGAGCAUUCUCUACCACGGAUUUCUUGCGGAUCCACCUCAAGUUUGCAGAAACGGACAGUUGUUCGGCCCGGGAAUUUACUUAGCCGAUACAUUUUGCAAAAGCUCUGGGUAUUGCGAGAAAUCUGCUGAUGGUUUGAACUAUAUGCUAAUCUGCCAGGUAGCCCUUGGAAAAGUACGAGAAAUUCGCGACCUUCCGUAUUAUCAUCGGAUCAACAACAAAGUCGAAAAUCCAGUGAAAGGAGAGGAUACACUUCAUUAUAUAGGAGAAAAAAUACCAAGUGGCAGUUUGACUUAUGAUGGUAUUGCUAUGCCGUUAUUACCAUUGAAGAGCCGUGAACUGAAUAGUGAGUUCCGGAGUCUUGAUUAUUCUGAGUACAUCGUUAGGAACGCCGAGAGAAUUUUGCCCCGAUUUAUUGUUAUGUUUGAAUAA